AGCGAAGGCCCUGUUGCCGGUCCCUGCCCAGCUGCUCGCCAUUGCCCCAGAGCUCGGGAUAAGAGAGCAGGAGCCCGAUGUGUUGAAACAAACACACAGAAAGGCAGUCUCCCGCAUUCCUUUGGAGUCUGGAAUAAGAGCAGGUCCAUCUCUUCCUAAAAAUACAUCAUCCCUACGGAGUAUUGCCCCUGUGGAAGCACAGGGAGACACUGUCCAUGAUGAAGCUCCAACAUGUCCUGCGCCUCCUGUCAGGCAGCCAGCAGCCCCAGGCUACAAUCAGGAUGUUGCACAGUGGAACUGCUCCCAUCAGCAGCAGAUCUGGAUGAAGACUGAGUUUGAGACAUUGGGUCUGUGGCCAGGGUCACGUCCAGUACGUCACCCAAUGAACAUGAUUACCCUGUGGCGCUAUCCACCUCAGCCUGAGCUCAUAGACAAUAUUGCUGCACUGCCUUCGCCCAAAUAUUUUCAGCUCCACCCAUUCUUCAUUUGGAAGCCGGAGCAUGCAAUCAUGGAGAGGGUGAGGAACAAUUUUGUCCUGCCCUGCCUUCAUGGUUGUCCCAACCCUCAGGUAGCUUCUUCUGGUGUUGGACGGCCCAGAGUGAUCAUCGGCACCAGUGGUCAGUACUAUCUCUUUGCUUCACGGCUCACCUGUAAAGCCUGUAAGAGGUACUGGCAUGCUGACAAACCCCAAUGGCUGGAGAUGUUGCCAAAGCGCUUCAAUAACAUUGUGCCAGCCUUCCUGACGCACAAAAAAGCCAUCUGCAAAUCGGUGAUGGAUGAGCUGAGACGCAGUGGCAGAUCACCGGAGGACAUGACCAAGCAGCUGACAGAGGCGGUCCAUCUUAAGUAUGAGCGAGCUCAUCUGGCCUACCUGCUGAGUGUGCAGAACAUCAGGGAUGCUGAGGAAGGAGCCUACGGCCAGAAGACCAUCACUGGGCACCUCAGACAGGCAGACACUCCAGCUUCAUUCGGGGGAUAUUCAGAUGCUGAUGGCUGGCGGGGAGUGUCUCUUUCUUCGCACUACCUGGUCAACUGCCAGGUCCAGGAGUAUCAGAGGCAGGAGCAGCUCCUCACACUACUGCUGCAGGGGACCUUUGGACGGGCACUGAGGUCGGAUCACACUCGGAAAGUGGCGAGGAAGGUCGUGCUGUCGUCUGGCACCAUGUCUUCCUACGCCAUCAUGAAUGAGAACUGGAUGAUCCUGAGCUGGGUGAUGCUGCAGUCAGAGUGUGAUCGGUCCCUUCAUCUGGUGUAUCAGGGACUGGCUCAACGCUACACUGCAGCUGGAGUGGAGAAGGCAUGCUGCCACUGGGUGGACAGGGACUGCUGUGCUGCCUUCAAGGUCCUGGACACCAGAGCUCAGGAGCACCUGUCAUGGGACUGCUGGAAGACCACAGAGGCUAUAGUCACAGAGGCCACCUCUGGAAACCUCGCCAACACAAGUGCCGCAAGGAACAAGUUUAAUGUAGACAUUAGCAUCAAGUUAGACUUGUUUCAUUGUAUGCGCCGGCUUACCAGAGAGUGUGUGUCAGAGCAUCAUCCUCUGUACAGCUCCUUCUGCCAGUUCCUCUCUGCAGCCUUUCUCGUUGUGGACCAGGGGGAUCUCGAGAGGCUGAAGGACGCUUACACCUUCUGUGGAAUCUCUCCUGCCAAUCCAACCAAGCAGCACAUGAGAGAUCACUGCAGGACACAGGUGCCACAGCCCAGAGAACUGCUGCAGAGAGUGGAAGACGUCCUCCAUCACUUCCACCUGGCAAAGGACAUGAAUGAUGUGCUCCUCUAUAAGGCCUCCAUGUUCAAGGUGUGGAGGAUUCAGCGGAUACACAUCUUAAGAGGCUGCUUGAGCGACCCUGAGGUGGAGGAGGGGAUCCUCUACAGAUACGGUGGCACCUUGCAGCUUAAUUACACCAAGGGCGAAGGAGCGGCUGUACCUGUUUGGAUCCCUGUUAGAGGCACGUCUCAGCAGGAGGGCUUCCACUGUCACCAGGCCCAGUGGGUGACUGGCAACCGGGUGUCCACUGAGCUCUUCCAGGCCCAGGCCAUGACUGGAGUGGUGCGCUGGAACUUUCAGAGGCUUGUGGACCUGAAGCAGCCUGGUGUGGAGCUGCCAGCUGUGUUUGACCCCCUGCUCAUUUGGGAACUGAACGCAGCCUGUCAAAGGGUGACAGGGGUGCGAAAAUACCCAGCUCUGCACAUCUCAAACAGGGACACAGGGGAGAGAUUCGGGCUGCAGUACGUGGAGCCAGGCUGUCGUCCUGUGGUUUUAAACUGGGACAAACACAGGACACAGCACAACACCUCUGCUGCUGUAACCGUGGCAACACAGCUGCACUCCUCUGCCCUGGAUGAAGUGCAGGACAUUGUUGCGGGCACAGACUCUCAGGAGACCAGUGAUGGCACUGUCCAGGACAACCCAGUGGGAGCAGUGCCGAUCCUCAGUUUCCAGCCACCUAUGCCAGCAUCUGCCACAGCCAAAGAAGAGCCUCACCCUUUGAUGGAUACAGACCUGCGAGGGGUAGCGCCACUGCCCAUAUCCUCCUCUCCUCGAGCCGCCCGCACUGGACCCAUUAAGACGGGAGGCCUGGUUCAAGUCCUGGACCACGGCCGGUGGACGGCCCCCAUGAGAGCAGCCAUCGAUGGGCUUCUGGCUAAACAUCAUGGAGCCAAAGCUCUUCUGAAGAGGGUGGAUGCGGAAUAUGCUGCCAUGGUGCAGAGGGCGUGCACGGAUCCCAACAGCCUCCUUCAUCCGACCACAGGCCAGCAUAUCUCCAGAUAUGUCAAGCAUCUGGCCAAGCUGAAAAACACCAGCUCCUCUCUCAACACCAGCCCAGAGAAGGUUUUAGAGACUCAGCAGCUGUGGCAGAGUUUGACCACAGGCAGCAAAACAGUGUGUGUACCCGUCACAGCCCUGCCUCCUGCGACCGUCAACCCUCCAGCUGUGGCUCCCCCCCCGGAGGAGUCACUGAGCCGGGCCACAGUGGAGAAGAUCGUGUCAGAGAUCCUCCAGAAACAGCAGCAACAACCAAGGCAGGAGAGAAAGGUGCCCAGAAACUGUUUGUCCUGUGGUCAGCCAAAGUCCAGGUACCUUGGCGAUGGAUCCACUGUUCACUUUUUUUUUCAGUCCCCUGAGGUGAAGUACUUUUACUGCUCCGAACGGGUCUUUAAAAUGUAUAGAGAGGAAGGCCUCAAAGACCCCAGGAUGUCUUUUGUGGACUUUGCUGCCUCCCCCUUUUUUGCCAGGGAGCUUGAGGCUGUAAAAGAGAGGAGUGCAGCGUGGAAGAAGGUGGCAGAGGAGAGGACAAAGCGAAAGUCUGCAGUGCAGCUUCCAACAGGUCGCCUGUGCAGAUUCUGUCACCAACCACUAAAGCAGGGUCCUGUCAGCCCUCAUGUCCAUGCCUGUUUCCCUGACAUCCCAGGGAAAUACAUAUACUGCCCCUCCAGAGUGUUGUCCCUUUACAAGGACAAGGGCAUGGUCAAGGAGAUGACCUGGAUGGAGUUCCAGCAGUCAGACUUUUUUGAGGCAGAAAGGGUCCGAUGGGUUUCAGAGAAGAGGAGUUGAGGAGGACUAAUAGUCCUCUUUUCUGAAAUGAAAUGAUUAGACCUUGACUAAUCAUUUCAUAAUAUCAUAUAUGUUUACACUUUCUAUUAAAUAUAUUCUGUACAUUUGUAUUGUUCCUUUGCUUAUAUAUUAUCUCAGUUUGGACUUUGGGUGUUUAAUAACUAAUAGUCCACUUUUCUAUAAUAUUGUAUAUGUUUACACUUUUUUGUAAAUAUAUUCUGUACAUUUGAAUUGUUCCUUUGCUUACAUAUUAUCUUGAUUUAUCUUCAAUAUCAGUUUGGACUUUGGGUGUUUAAUAACUAAUAGUCCUCUUUUCUAUAAUAUUGUAUAUGUUUACACUUUUUAGUAAAUAUGUUCUGUACAUUUGCAUUGUUCCUUUGCUUGCAUGUUAACUUUAUUUAUCUUCAAUGUCAGUUUGGAUUUUGGGUGUUUAAUUAUUCAGCUCGUGUUCAUGUAGAAUUAAAUAUGACACUUUCAUCGAAGGGCA